UCGAUCAGAAUUUGAAAGUACGUCUUGUAGGGAUUCGUGAUUAGAUGUGUGAUGAAUCAGUUCUGAAAAAAAUUUUUUUUGAAUACAGAGUGGCUGUUGAUCUGAGUAUGCAACGUGCUCAGUUAACUGGGUCUGCGGAUGCUACAAUGCCGAUAAAAUUUCUGCUGCUGUGGAUUUUUGAUUCCGUUAUUAAAAAUUUUUCGGGCAUGUAUUUUGACAGAUGUCGGGUAGGAAAUCUUCAUUAAGAGGUAGCUCCGCUAAAAGUUUCCAACAUCAGCUGAUCACGUUGGCGGGAUCAAAAGCUUACAGAUCGAGUUUACGUCGCAGGCUUAAUGACUGGAGGAUUUUAAGAAGUAAAAAGAAGAGAAAUUCGGUGGCUUUUGACAGUAAUAUUAGAGGCAUGUGGUCUAAUGUCCAGGUAGCUGAUGGAUGUCCAGCACCCAGUUCACGCUCCAAGCAUGCCAUGUGCGUAUCCCAAGCAGGUUUUAUAUACCUUCUUGGUGGCCGCAGUGCAAAUCUUCCACUGAAAGAUUUAUGGAAGUUUGAUCCAGUUUAUUUUCGGGAUAUCUCAAGGCUUUGCAUGGGAUUCGAACUCGGGAUUUUCUUCUCCACACCUAGCUGUGAUACCAAAGUUGAUAGCCAUCUUCUGGUGUAUUAA